AUGUUCCCCGCCUGACAACGCUGCCGAGGGACAACGAACGCCCUGAACCAAAAGCAUAGCUACCGUAACACCUCCAUGUCGACUCUUGGCUGGCAGCGGCUUCGUUUCUUGGAGGUUCUUGGAGGUUCUGCGGAGUCACUGGGCCAGACCCCACAAAAGCCUUUUCCUUUUGACCCCAGAAGCUCUGAGUCCACAGACACACUGCGCUUCAGCCUCCUGGGAAGAGUGGAGUUGUCAGCAGAAGAGCCCCAGCGCUGAGGUCUAUCAGGAACAUGGCAGCUAAUGCAGAUGCUUCCCAACCAGGGGGACAUGGCAACACCUGUGAGGUAUCAGUGUCAUUUGAGGAUGUUACCGUGGACUUCAGUAAGGAGGAGUGGCAGCAACUGGACUUCACUCAAAGAAGCCUGUACCAAGAUGUAAUGCUGGAGAACUACAGCCACUUGCUCUCAGUGGGAUUUGAAGUCCCCAAACCAGAGGUCAUCUUUAAGUUGGAGCAAGGACAGGAGCCAUGGAUGUUGGAGGAAGAAGCCUCGCAUCAGAGAUGUUCAGAUGGGAUUAAAGCCUCUCUAAAAAGAAGUUCUGGAAAAGCUCCAUUUCAUAGAGAAACAGAGGGCAAAGCUACAAGAGAUGAGUCCUUGUGUUCCGUGUUAGGACUGUGGCAAGAUGCUGAACAGAUAAAGAGAUGCCAGGAAAAGCACACCACACCUCCGGGCCAUGCUGCUUUCAUCACUAAGAAAAUAAUGAAUGCAGAGUGGGAUUGUGAAUAUAAAGACAUUGGAAAAUGUGCUCCUCCAAACCCAAAUCUUUUUCCUUCACAGAGAAGACCACAGAAACGUGACACAUUUGGGAAGCGCUUGAAGCAUGACUUAGACCUGGAUCUUCAUAGUAAAAGCAGUGCAGCAAAGAACUUUGAUAAAAUUAUUGGGCAUGGUCACGUUUUCACCCAGGGCUCUUCUUAUGCUAACCAUGAAACCAUGCACACAGGAGGGAAGUUCUGCGAAGGCAAUCCGUGUGGAAAAGUGCUCAACGUCAAACACACACUCAAUCAAAAUCUGAAGUUUCCUGCUGCAGAGAAAGCAAACACACGUAAUGAAUUGGGGAAGAUCCUCACCCAAAAGUCACGCCUCUUUGCACCUCAGAGAAUUCAUACCAUAGAAAAAGCUCGCGAACUCAGCAAGUGUGUGAAUGUCUUUACACAGAAGCCACUGCUCAGUAUAUAUCUGAGAGUCCAUAAAGAUGAAAAGCUAUAUGUAUGUACUACAUGCGGCAAGGCCUUUAUCCAGAAUUCAGAGUUAAUGAUGCAUGAGAAAAUCCAUACUAGGGAGAAACCCUACAAGUGCAGUGACUGUGGGAAGUCAUUUUUCCAGGUAUCAUCUCUGCUCAGGCAUCAGACGACUCAUACUGGAGAAAAACUCUAUGAAUGCAGUGAAUGUGGGAAAGGCUUCUCCCUCAACUCAGCGCUCAGCAUACAUCAGAAAAUCCACACCGGCGAGAGACAUCACAAGUGCAGUGAGUGUGGAAAAGCCUUUACCCAGAAAUCGACACUCAGGAUGCAUCAGAGGAUUCACACGGGAGAGAGAUCCUAUAUAUGUACUGAAUGUGGGCAGGCCUUCAUCCAGAAAGCCCACUUGAUUGCACAUCAAAGAAUUCACACUGGAGAGAAGCCCUACGAAUGCAGCGACUGUGGGAAGUCAUUCCCUUCCAAGUCACAACUCCAGAUGCACAAGCGAAUUCACACAGGAGAGAAACCCUAUAUCUGCACGGAAUGCGGGAAGGCCUUCACCAACAGGUCCAAUCUCAACACCCACCAGAAGUCUCACAGCGGAGAGAAGUCGUACAUCUGUGCUGAGUGCGGGAAGGCCUUCACUGACAGGUCGAACUUCAACAAACACCAGACCAUCCACACUGGAGAGAAGCCCUACGUUUGUGCCGAGUGCGGGAGGGCCUUUAUCCAGAAGGCAGAGCUAAUCACACACCAGAGGAUUCAUACUACAGAGAAGCCUUAUAAGUGCCCUGACUGUGAGAAAUCCUUCUCCAAGAAACCACAUCUCAAAGUCCAUCAGCGGAUUCACACAGGAGAGAAACCCUAUAUAUGUGCAGAAUGUGGGAAGGCCUUCACCGACAGGUCGAAUUUCAACAAACACCACACCAUUCACACUGGAGAGAAGCCCUAUAAAUGCAAUGAAUGUGGAAAGGGCUUUACCCAGAAAUCAGUUCUCAGUAUGCAUCGCAAUAUUCAUACAUGAACGCAAGCCCGGCACUUGAAAAUGAGAGCACCUUAUAGCACAAGUCAGGUCCAAAUAUGUGUUAGAAAAUCCCUCCAAGGCAGAUCUGUCUGAGUGAGUUGCAUUCAUCAGGCUGUCUCACCUGAGAUGAGAAAAAUUACUCAGACUCUCUAAGAAUGCUUUGGGAGAGAAGGAAUUGCCAUUUUUGUUCAGCCUCACAAAAUAUAGCCCAAUUCAUGCCGGGAAAACUACUGUCCCCUUGAUGCAUGAGGAAAAGCCUUCCUUGAGAAAGUAGUCAGCCCUCUGUGUCCACGGAUUCCACAUCCACGAGUUCAACCAACCUUGGAUCAAAAAUAUUCUAAAAAAUAACGUGUCUAUACUGAAUAUGCACAAGCUUUUUUUCUUGUUAUUAUUCCCUAAAUAAUUCAGUAUAACAACUUAGCAUUUACAUUGUAUUAAGUAAUUGUAGAAGUAAUCUAGAGGUGAUUUAAAGUAUACAGGAGGAUGUGCAUAGCUCAUAUACAAACUCUGUGCCAUUCUGUGCAAGGGACUUGAGCAUCCAUGGAUUUGGGUAUCCACAGGGGGUUCCUAGAACCAAUCCCCACUGAUUCCCAGGGGGUGAUCAUAAGGUGAAUUGUUACCAAAUUCUUAUAGGAAGGAGAGGGCAACCUUACAUAAAUGAUAAUCAUGUUUAAUGUGUUAUAUUAAGCCAUUGAAAGUGACAAAAUGAAAGUUGAAACAAUAAUCUAUUUGACAUAUAGACCUAUUCUUAGUUUCAUAGAGCAUUUGUAGCAGAACACAUUGCACAACAGAAAUGGUUUAAGUAAAAUUCCCUUUUCAAAUUCAGAAUAAUUUUAUCAAAUGUCAGAUAUGUUUCUUACAGAAUAUUUCUAUCAAGUGAAUCCAUAAUUUAGAAGUCAUUUUGGUUUUACAUGCGCACACAUCUGCAGGUAUAAUUUUACACAUUAUCCUAUCAUUCAUACUGGUUUCCAUAGCAUAAUGUUCUUACCUUCUUUCACUGUGUGAAAAAUGCAAAAUCACCACAGAUUUCCCCCAUUCUAUUAUGGAUGUCCUUUUGCAAUGUUACUUUCUUGUUUCUCUUAUUAAGAGGUGGCAUCUCUACUGCUUGACUUUGAACUUCGCUAUGUAAAUUACUUUGGCCAAUGGACAUUAAAAAGAGGCUCAAGAAGUGUGAGAAGACUGCCUGAGGCUUGCUCUGUCUUGCUGCUCCUUAGAAUCCUGAGAUCUCCAUGUCAGGAAGCUCAGAUCACUCUACUGUGGGAUGAAAACCCACACAGAGCAGAGGCAAACCAACCUGGCUGAGGGCCCUUCAAACUAAGUAGCCUGCCAACCAUCAGACAUAGGAACGAGGCCUUCCUAGACCUCCAGCCCCAGCCAAGGCAGCCAAGGCAGCCAAGCCAACCUGCAAAAUUGUGAAAUAAAAUCAUUAUUAUCUUAAGCAACUACGUUUGGGUCUAGUUUGUUGCAUAGAAAGCGCUAAGUCAUACUUGAAAGUGUAUUUUGGCAGAGUUAUUAUACUAAAUCGUUAACACAAGUGGUAUUGGCUUUGGGCCUAGAUGCAGAUGGCGACUGGAAAAACAGUGAGGAAACUGUUAAUAAAGGCUCAAAAAAAUAGCAGUCCUUGUAAUUUGGUAAGGAAACACUGCCAAAGCAGUGACCAUGCUAUGUAGACAGAUAAGAGAAUGUACCAAAAGCACUUACGCAUCUGGCUAAAUAGAUUUGCCAGUAUAUGGUAGUGUCAGUUUGCUCAUAUGAAAAGGUACAGAGAUGAACUAAAGUAAUAAUUGUGCCAUUGGCAAGCAGAGUUCAGAAGAAAUACAGACUAUUUAGUACUUAAUGGGUUUGAAAAUAACUGUUUCACAUUACUAACCUCUGCAGCCAUCAAAAUAUUUUCAAGGUUAAAAAAAUAUGGCCUUAGGAUCAAAUCAUGUGUGUGUUAAGACCCUAGUUGGUGCUUGGAGGACUCUCAGCUACACUAAAGGGCUUCUGAAUAUCUUUACAACAUUGUCCCACAGUAACGUGACACACUAUUCAAAGUAGAAAGAGGCCUUUGGAGCAUGGAGUAGAUCCAUGAUUGAGUUUCAUGAGUGAAACUACCUCCAUGUGGGAUUAAAGGGACUAAAGCCUUUCAAAAUGAAAGGUAGCCUCCUAGACUCUCCUCUUUAACUUCUGUCAACAGGAUACAAGCCAGGAAAGUUACCCAUCUGCAAUCACGGGCCAUUCCUUAUGGGAAGUAAAGGACAUCUCAGAGGGAAGACUCAAGAACGAUGUAUUAAAAUGGACUAGGAAGCCAUUCCUAGAGAGAACUGUGCCCUAAUCAAAAAAAAAAAAAUCAUUUUCCCUGGAACUGGGAAACCUAAAAAUAUUUCUCUGAGAUUUCAGAAUUGUUAUGGAACAGUGACUAAUAGGCACCUCUUGUUCCUUCUCAUUUUGAAUGAAAGUUAUUGCAGUUAUCUUGUCCCUACAUCACCAUUGUGUAUAUAUUUUGUGUGUGUGUUGGGAAGAGGGUCAUAUAACUUGUCAUUUAGCAUAUAGGUGUCUGAAUCAAGAAACAGGAACUGUACCCAAAGGAGCUCCAGCCAUAUCUGAACCUGAUACAGAAGACUUGAAAUCCUGGAUUUGAGCCUCAUGUCAUAAUUUUGAAUGAGACAUUUGGAGGUCCUGGAGUGGGGGUGAAUGUAUUUUGCAUGGAGUAGUAAUGUAAAUAAUUUGUGACCAUAGGCACAUUGUGUUAAAAAAUUCUACAAAUUUCUCCUACCCCUAUAUGUGUUCCCAUUUUUGAGUCAUUUCUCUUUGUGUUUCAGUUAUGACAAUAUCUUUUCAUCUGUCUACAAAAUUACUGAUUUUCCCCCACCCUGGCUCUGUCAUGUCUACUUAUGGAUCCAUUGAAGGCAUUCUUCAUCUUAGUCAUGUUUUCUUUUUUUAUUUCCAUUUGACUCUUAUAGUUCUCAUAUUUCUACUGAAAUUUUCCAUCUCUUCAUGCUUGUUGUUCAUGUUCUCCACUACCCCUUUGUCUUAUCUUGGGCUGCUGUAACUAAGUUCCGAAGACUAGGUGGCUUAUAAACAGUAGAAAUGUAUUUCUCACAGUUCUAUAGGCUGGAAAUCUGAGGCCCUUCUUCUAGGUUGCAGAUUGUCAACUUCUCGUUGUAUUCUCACAUGGUAGAAAGUUGACUAGAGUUCCAUUUUUAAGCACACUAAUCCUAUUCAUGAGGGCUCCAUCCCUAUGACCUAACUACCUCUCAAAGGCUCCACUUCCUAAUACUAUCACAUUGGUGAUUAAGAGUUCAGAAUAUAAAUUCUUGGGAUACACAUUUAGUAUGUAACACCCUUUGACAUUUUAAUGGUAGUUAUUUUUAAUUCCCUGACAAUUCCAAUAACUGGGUCAGCUGAGUCUGGGUUUGUUUAUUGCUUUGUAUCUUGGCAAUGGGUGAUUUUCUCUUGCUGUUUUGCAUCUAAUCAUUUUUGAUUGAAUGUUGGACACUGUAUGCAGGGUAGUAGAGGCUGAGGUUAAAUAAUAUUUAUUCUGGAAAUAGGCAUGGCUGUGUUUCUGUUAGGCUGUUAAUGUGGUGGGAUUGAGCCUGUCUAGUUAGGACUUGGACUGAGUUUGGGUUUUAUUGUUGCCGUUGUUCCCUUCAGUACCACAUAUUUCAAAUUCCUCUUGUGUUACCUUAUAUGUGGGGUAGGCACCGGUUUCCCAGAGAAUUUCUCACAAUGUUCUUGGACCACAUUUGCCAUUAGACCUUUCCUGUGUGCCUGCACAGGACCUCAAGGAGGGUUUCUCUCUCUCUCUCUCUCUCUCUCUCUCUCUCUCUCUCUCUCUCUGCUCUUGCUUUUCCUUUAGUAUUAGAUGACUGUGAUUAUUUGGUUUUUGCUGACCUGGUGAUGCAGGGUUUGUCCUAAACUAGCAUCGGUUUUUAGUUAUGCCCUGUAUCCCUAUCUUUGGAUUUUUUUCAGUUAUCCUGCUGCUUUUCUCCUGGUAGAAGGCUUUGAAUAAUCCGGGCCCAAGAUGGUUUCUUGCCCUUAUAUCAUGGAUAGAUUUUUUUUCUACAUUUCCCUUCUAGUCACAGUGGAUCUUCACCUAUGUCCUGAGGGCAGCAAAGUUAGCUCCAUUUCUGUUAGUGACUUACGGCUUUUGUUCCAUAGGAGAGUAGGAUCCCACUGGGGCUUUGUGUCAUGUCUGUAUUAGCAGCUGCCCCCUUACAGGCCUACACCUAAUGAAGGGAGACUCUCUAGUUCCCUCCCCUCUCCCAGUGUUUCUUGUGAGCAGGAAGUGGAGGUCUGUAGAGAAGAGCCUGCAAGUGGGAGCCAACUACCCUUAGGUCUGCAGCUGCCAGCAGUUCUAUAUUCUUACACCAUCCUACACUUAGUCUUCAGCAAUUCAUUCAAAAGUCUUACUGAAUUCUUACUGCUUGGAUAGUGGCCCCUUCUUCCUUCCUACUCUGCCAUGGGUAACCAGUGAUAACUUUCUGCUCCUUGUCUUUUCUUAUAUUUCAAGAUGGUUAGUUGUUCUGUGGUCUUAGUUCUCUAGUGGGUCCAAGAAAAGAUGAUUUUAUAGAUUACUCAACUUUUUUAUUGUAAAGAUGGGAGCAAUGCUCUUUCCAGAUGUCUACAUCCUAGGCAAACCAAAAGUCUGGACAUUCCCCUUUGGCCACUACCAUCAGAUUGUAUGCCCCUUUCCAAUGUGACUUUGCUGCUUCACCCAUCAAGAGGUGGAGUCUAGUUCUCCAGCUCUUGAAACUGGGCUUAGACAUUUCUUUGAGCUGUAGGACAUCAUCAAAUAUGACCCAAGCAGAAGUUUCAUAAGUACUUGCACAUUGAGGUUUGCCCACCAUGGCUGCUCUUGGAAAUCCUGAGCCCACAUGUGAAAAAGUCUAGGCUGUGCUGUUGUAAGAUGAUAUAGCUCACAGAGUGAUGGAGCAGUGACCAGUCAUCCUAGUUGAGGUGCCCUAGACCAACCAGAUUUUCAACUGCCAGAGGUGGUAUUUGAGAGCCUGUGUGUGGCAUUCACAGAAGACAGAGUGUUUCUGAGAAGUGUUUCAACAGAGGACUUGUCCAAACUGUAGAUCAGUUCAUAUGAGGAUGGAAAAUUGUUUCUUGAUUUUGUGACAAGGAGGUCAUUGUUAACUGAUGAGUAAUAUUUUAGAAAUGAAUUUAACUAAAGAAAGCAAUUGAGCAAACCUGGAGGAAUUUAUGAAUUCAGGUAAUAGUACUUCACCAUAAAGCAACUCUUCUCUUAGAAAAAUAUUAAGGCCAGUGCCACGGCUCAAUAGGCAAAUCCUCCAGAGGGAUUAGCCUAUUGAGCCAUGGUGCCGGCACACCGGGUUCUAGUCCCGGUCAGGGCACCGGAUUCUGUCCCGGAUGCCCCUCUUCCAGGACAGCUCUCUGCUAUGGCCCGGGAGUGCAGUGGAGGAUGGCCCAUGUGCUUGGGCCAUGCACCCCAUGGGAGACCAGGAGAAGCACCUGGCUCCUGCCUUUGGAUCAGCACGGUGCGCUGGCCGCAGCGCGCCGGCUGUGGCGGCCAUUGGAGGGUGGACCAAUGGCAAAAGGAAGACCUUUCUCUCUGUCUCUCUCUCUCUCUCUCUCACUGUCCACUCUGCCUGUCAAAAAAAAGAAAAAUAUUAAGUCAUUGGGCUGGAUUGCUCCAUGCUGGUCUAGGUUAUACUGAGAAAUGAGAGUUGGCCAAAAGUAGAAGUUAUGUGACAUUUGAAAGGCCAAAAGGAAGGAGCCACCGUUACUCUCAAAGUCUUUGUGAUUAGAUACAAUGAAGGGCAGAUGCAGAGCUAUCCAGCAGGUUAUGAGUUUUCCUCACUCAUCUACCCUAUCUGCCACCCUUCCUUCCAGCUCCCAGCCCUGGGGCUCAGCAUUAGUCUCGUGCCUACCAUUAGUUACUUGGCUGCAGACACACAAAGCUAACAGCUUCUCAUCAGUUUCUCCAUCCACUCCCUCUCACUAUCCCACCUCGACAGCUGGAUGUGCAUGGCUUCUCAGAUUUUCCUGAAAGUUCUGACUUACUCACUCAUGCUAAUGUUUCAAAGCGGCUGAGUUAGUGACUCCUCUGACCUUCCAGUUCUUCCUUCCAUACCUCUACUUCCCCAGCUACUUCUAUAAAUUAUGUGAGAUCCAGUUAAUAUUUUUAAAUCUCUUAUUCCAUAUAUUCAUGGUGAUUAUGCUUCCCUGAUUGGGACAAGUUCCUAAGAGCUUGGUCCAUGUUGCUCUUCUAAAAUUGAGUUAUGCCAUUUAGAAAUCUUAGAUGAACUUGCUCUGUUGUUCCCUUGUAUAUAAUGUACCUUUUUGCCUCAUGCUUCUUUUUUAGUUCUUGAAGAUAAGAAUCCAUGAAAGCAUAGUCUUGGUCCUGAUUUUGGUGUAUGAAUUUUACCUAGAUUAUAGUAAACCAUUCAUUGAUUUCAGGGAAGUUUUGUUUUGCUUAACAUUUUUUUUUCUGAUACACUCCUUCAGGGAUAUCAAUUUCACAGAUAUAAGCUGUGUCUUUGUCAUCUUUUACAUUCAUUUUGUGCCAUUCUGCAUUCCUUUUAUGUCAUCAUUCUUUUGUGUUUGUGUGAUUGGCUCUUGUCUCCUGUUCAGAGGCAAUUCUCCAUGAACCUCAUUUUUCUUCAUGUUAAACAGUAACAACAAAUCCGCUCAGAUUUACUUACAUUGCAGGAUAAUAAAAAUAAAGAAUUUCUCCUUCCUUGUGGACAUUUCCAGAGAAGAUGGGCAAUAAAACAAUAUAACAGUAUUUCUCCCACAUCUUAAUUAUGUACAUUUUCAAUUGUAGAAAUAUUGAAAGAACAGCACAAUACAUACAAUUUUCAUCUAGAUUUAGUAAUAUAUGUACAUUUUUCCUGAAAUAUUGAUGUUAUAGAUACUAAUAUUAUACCCGUGAUUGAACAUCCAUCUCCUAAAAAUGGACAGUCUCCCACAUAACUGGGAUAUCAUUUUCAGCCUAAUUUUAUGAUUUCCAAUAUCCAGUCCAUUUUCAAAUUUCUCCUAUUGUCCCCCAAAUAUAUUUUAUAGCUUUAUUGAGCUAUAAUUAACAUAUAAUAAAUAUAACUUAUUUAAAGCAUAUGAUUUAAUUAGUUUUGACACAUGUACACAUUUCAUAGCAUAAUUGCAAUAAAAAUAUUGAACACAUCUAUCACUCACCCUCCUCACAUCAUUGCCUCGUCCAUAGGCAACCGAUGAUCUGGUUUCUGUCAUUAUAGAUUAGUUCGCAUUUUCUGUAAUUUUAUGUAAAUGGAAUCACAUUGUGGGUUCUCUGGCUUAUUUCAUUCAGCAUAAUUUUGAGAUUCAUUUGUAUUCUUACAUGUAUCUAGAUUCAUUCAUGUAUUUUUAU